CGAAACGGCGGUCCAGCGCGUCAAUUUGGCUAGCGUGCUAGUCACGUCUUCGAUGUUUACAUUUGAAUCGAAGGUCUGCUUUUAGCCUGCUUCAUCAUGGUAACGUUAACGGAGAAGCGAGCGAGGACCCCAAACAGUGCUGCUAAACAUUCAUCUGUUUUUGCCUCAAAAAUAAAGGCAAAAAUACUCAACACAUCCUCAUUUUUUAAGGUUUCACUUAAAGGCAACAAUAAGGCCUUGGCUAAAGCCCUUGCUGUUCAGAGUGACAAGACCAGACAGCUGAUACAAGAGACUGUGUUACUGCGGCAACGUAUACUAGCUCUGAACUUUGACCUUGCUAUCCAGAGGCAUAAAAAAAAGAAAAUGUUUGCCAUCAUUCAACAUUUCUACAACACCUGUUACAAGAGCCUUCCCAUGGCAACCAACCUGAUGGACGACGAAAAUGAGAGUUUUGAUGAAGAUGAAGAUGCAGAUGCAGACCAUGCUGAAGAUGGGAUGGAGAGGGAAAUGUUUGGAAGUUUGCUCCAAGCGCAUGCCAAACCACCUAGGGACUCCAAGGCUGCCUCCUGGAGGACUUCACAGUCUAACAUCAACACUGAACAGGACACAAUAUCUCAUCAUGAUGAGCUCCGCAAAUCUAUCAAUUCUAUCGCAUCGUCUGACUGCUUAUUGCCCAAACGUCUUUCAAAAAAGCAAAAGGAAAUUGUGGAAGAGGAGGCAAUGCAUCAGCAAACUUUGGUUUGUAACACAGAAAUGGACAUGACAGUUGUUGAUAGUGUUGCCCCAAUAGUAACCGUAGACACCAAGACCAGCAAAAAUAGGAGAGGUCAUCAGAACACUACAGGGACAAAUUCAGAGGAUUCAUAUGACACAGGACAGGGCGAAGCCCACAACAGAACUGAGGUGAUUGAGAAAGCAUCAGUGGCUGUUGUACUCACUGAAAGGCAGGGACUGUCAUCUGAGGUGGAGCUGAAUGUUCACAGCGCAAAUGCUGAUGUUGACUCUGCGUUGAACACUGGGAAUGGGGACACUGACUUUGUCGCUCCCCGCAGGAAAACUCACUUCACUUCUCGAAAAAUGAACAGGAUGACUCUUAGUUCACAUAAAAGUACUGGGGACCUCUCAAGAAAAACCUAUAUUAUCUCUUCAAACCCCCAUAUGGAUGGGUUCAGUAAACCUCAUGAGUUUGGAGGGAUCGGGGAGGACGCCUCGUCGGAAGAGGAUUCAUCAGAAACACGGCACAACAUGAAAACGGAUGUAUUGCCACAGUGUCAGAAGAGCAAUUCACUGAAUCGAAAGACUUAUGUAAUCUCAGACAGAGCAGCAGUGAAAAGGAGCCAAAGGACUGAUCCCUUAGUGAUUACAGAUCAGAAAGCAGACUCUAUUACAGUCAUGGACACUGGUUCUGAGGCACAGGAAGAUCAGAUGUUUAUCGAGCCUGCCCUCGUGAAAAACUCUGACAAGAAGCGCAGGACUACACGUUCACUCUCUGCAACAAAUCAAAGCACUAAAGUGAAGAGAAGGGAAAAGAACCCACUUGGGUCACGGGGCAGAGGCAGUACUGAGAGGAGAAACUCCUAUUUUGAUGACUGGAGUGACUUCUUUGCAGAUGACGACCAACAAGAGCAAAGCAUCAGAGUUAUAAGCACACUCCAAGAACCAAAUUCAUCCCAUGCAGACAUUGCAACAGAAACCUUGAAAAGCUGUAAUGAGGAGGCCUUAGUCCCUCUUGAGGUUUCUUUGGAGCCCCCUGCAGUGGUAAAACCCUGGAAAAUGAGCGACUUCCUUGCCGACGAGAAGCAGGCGACAUCUAGGAAAUCCAAGAAAGGUAAGACCGGCAAAUCAAAAGAGAAGAAAGCCCUGCAAAAGAAAAAGCCAAAUGUAUCUUCAAAGGAGAAGAGGCCAGGAAACGUCCCAAGAAGUAAAAAGUUGCCUGGUGAUGAAGAUCAGGUGUUGGAUGAACACAACCGUAGUAGCUGUGUGGAUCAAAUCCAAACUGUAUACACACAGCAUUUUGAAGAUGAUGGUACUGAUAACAGCAAGGCUUUGGAAGUUGAAGAUCAACCACCAGAACUUCCUCCUUCCCCUGAAAGCAGUUACCCAGAAGUAACUGGUGAUGCCAUACAUAUUACCAGUGGAUCUGCCAUCUCAAAAGGUCAACCAAAUCAUGACGACAACAUCAAAAGUAGGGACACUUUUGUCAUUUCUACAUGCCCUGGUCAAGGAGACAAGGAGACUUCUUUGAAGUCAACAAACUCUAAAUCUGGUUUGUUUACUAAACAACAAACCUUUGUUUACCCUGUGAACUCUAAUCAAUCUGAGGCCUUACCCUCCCGACAGACGGAAUUACUGGCAGAUGAAAGACCUCCAUGGGAAUCCCUAGAUUUUGAUCACGCAAGCCCUUUCCCCAUUGAUACUUCUGUGUCAAGUCCCCCUUCAAGGCGACCCUCUUGCACCAUGGAAAUAUAUCAAGAGGCAUUACCAUCAAUGUCGAGCCAGUCCCUAGAGGGCAGACCCAUGAAGAGCUUAACAAAUACCAACUGGACAACUGAUGCAGAAUCUGGUCGAUCACGUCGAAGGGGAGCCAAGGUCUCCUACAAAGAACCACCUAUUAACGGGAAAAUGAGGCGUGGGGACAAGUUUAGUGACACCCAGUUUCUAAGAUCACCUAUAUUUAAAAGCAAAAGGAUCAAGAAGAAACACACAGCCUGACGGAAUCCCUUAAAGGAAUGCUGUCAAAAUGUAUAUACUGCAUGUUACUCGGUGUAAGUGCUAUUCUGUCUGUGUAUGUUUUUCUUGUUCUUGCUUUUUAGGUCCUGUGUUUUGUUGCUAUUUUAUUCUGUAUUUUUUUUUUGUAACAAUAAAGGAAUUACCUGAAUCCUC